GAGAUCUGGGGUUGAGACUUCUUGAUUACAAUUGGCAUAAUAUAUUACUAUUCAUUUAUCAGAAACAAUGGAUCAUUUGGUUAACUGUGACCAGAGAUGGAAGUCGGAAAUCCUAGUCCAGGCUUCCAUUCAGUCCACUGCGUUUGGAUUUUCUUCCACAUUGAAUAUUGUUUACCCAAGCCGAAUACUUCGAUGGAGAUUGAAAGCCGAUUAAGCUCCGUGCCUUGAUGUAACCCAACCCAAGGGUCAUGCUGGAGUUGGACUAUAUUGGGCUUGAUUAUAUUUCAAAGUCGGGUAGGGUACGGGCUUGAAACCAAUACCCGGAUUCCGGAUUUCUUGUGGGGGCGCUCUUCAUCUUUACCGUUCGUUCGCUCCCGCCAAUCUAUCUGCCUUUUUUCACUUUUCAGCACUCCUUUCCCCUAAUUUAUUCUCCCGCUAGCAGAGUCCCAGUUUGUAGUCAUUCUUUGCUCUGCAUCUGCAUUGUCUCUGUUCUUUGACUAAUGGGGUCUUGCUGGGAAGGCAUUGAUGAGUCCCGUCUUUUAAUUGCUCCGGUCCCUGGAGCUAAUGGGGAUGGUUCCGCUCGUUUUCUAUCACUUCGUCACCCCAAAUCUGGAGUCAGGACAUCCUAUCUUUUAUGUAAUAGGUUGCUCCAAGAACUUCACUGGUUCAAGCAACCGUAUGGGUCUUGGUUUUUGGGAGAUUAUGUUUCGGAAGAUGGGAGCCUAUAUACUGCUACUCCUAUUGAUCCUGUUUUCAUCAUGUUGCCUCUCUUCGAAGAUGCAAGAAUGAAGAAAGGGGAUGAUCCUGGAAAGUUUAGGCAAUUAGAUGAGAUCCUCUUCGUUAAUGACUAUCCUGGAUAUCAGCAGUUAUUCUCCAUUGCGAAGGACUGUAUGGAAAUUGUUUGUGAAAGCAAAGAAAUUGGAUCCACAAAGUUUUUCAGGCUUGAUGACAAGAAGGUUUUUGCUUGGUUACAUUACAAGGUAUGCCAGUUGAAACAGACUCUACCGGCAUUGGAUCAAAACUAUGCUGCACGUGAAGAGAAGGAUACAUUGGCUGAUUCAGUAUCAAUAUUAGGGGAGUAUUUGAAAGAUGACCCUUGGUUGAAGCUUUUGUGUGACCAUUUUAAGUUGAAUUUACCGGAGGCGAAAAGAAUAGCAGCAGAUAUUGAAGUUUGUCCAUCAGCUAUAGAAAGCCCUGUUAGUUCUUCCAACUUCUCACAGGGUAAGAAUCCAAGUGAGAAAAAGACGGGAAGAAAUGUCAAGCAAGCCAAAAAGGUUAAAGUUGAGACAGAGUCAAGGAACAUCAAAGAAAUGUUCACCAGGGCUUCACGGAGGAGGAAUUGAAGUUUUGUGGGAUGGAUAGGAUCGAACAACAUCCAUUAAAUCUUCAGAUUUUAAUAUUUGGUAAAAUUUGAUAAGAGAAAUUAGAGAUCAACAACACACUGUUUGUAAAAUGUAAUCCAAAAGGGUGGGCUUGUGGAUUAAAAGGCAAAAUGGAGGAGGAUAGAAAAUUGUUUGUUUGAUUGUGGGUGGUUUAAGGACUGUUUUAGUAGUAGAUAUGAAGGUGCCGCUUGUUUAA